AUGGCAUCAGCGAUGAAUGCCAAUCUGCAUUGCAACAAAGCAUGCCAAACUUACCCUUCUAUUUGUGAAGCUACUGCAGCCACCGAUGUCCGAUCGGACGAUUUUAAGCGAGAUGGCGCGCAACAAUCAUACGACAUUGCGGACGCGAUUCUAGCUCUCACCCUGACGGAGGGCAAGCGCCAUCCUUUGAGCGGAGAGUCCGCCAUACUUUCCGAGAGUCCAGCUCUGCCAGCCACGGACUGCGGAAUCUUCGAUGCCGUCGAAGCAGCUCGACGGGAACUUGGAGGGUCGAUCUGGUCUAUUGGUAGAUCAGAUCCCUUGAAAGUACCACCUAAGACCGGUGUCUACCUGGAUAGUACCAUUAGCAGGGUAGAGCCAGAUGUCAUCCACAAGCUUAAGAUCCGGCAGACUCAUCCCGCCCAGUUCUCUAGCAUCAAAGCCAUGUGCGGGAAGACUGUCGCGUACUCGAAAUCUUAA